GACUAUGAGUGCCCAGGUGACACUUGAAGAUGCCCUUUCCAACGUUGACCUUUUGGAGGAGCUGCCACUGCCUGAUCAGCAGCCCUGUAUUGAACCGCUUCCUUCUUCCAUCUUGUACCAGCCAAACUUCAACACUAACUUUGAAGACAGAAAUGCCUUUGUAACAGGCAUUGCACGGUACAUAGAACAGGCUACAGUCCAUUCAAGCAUGAAUGAAAUGCUUGAAGAGGGACAGGAAUAUGCCAUCAUGCUUUACACCUGGAGAAGCUGUUCCAGAGCAAUUCCUCAGGUGAAAUGCAAUGAACAGCCCAACCGAGUUGAAAUUUACGAGAAGACCGUAGAGGUUCUGGAACCUGAAGUUACAAAGCUAAUGAAUUUCAUGUACUUCCAGCAAAAUGCAAUUAACAGGUUUUGUGGAGAAGUGAAACGCUUGUGUCAUGCAGAAAGAAGAAAGGAUUUUGUUUCUGAAGCUUACCUCCUCACAUUGGGCAAAUUUAUCAACAUGUUUGCAGUUUUGGAUGAGCUGAAAAACAUGAAGUGUAGUGUGAAGAAUGACCAUUCUGCAUAUAAACGAGCGGCUCAGUUUUUACGCAAAAUGGCUGAUCCCCAGUCUAUUCAGGAAUCUCAGAAUCUUUCCAUGUUCCUUGCGAACCAUAACAAAAUUACUCAGACCUUACAGCAACAACUUGAAGUCAUUCCUGGAUAUGAAGAACUCCUUGCUGACAUUGUAAAUAUUUGUGUUGAUUACUAUGAGGAUAAAAUGUUUCUAACUCCAGGAGAAAAGCACAUGCUGUUGAAGGUGAUGGGCUUUGGCCUUUAUUUGAUGGAUGGAAAUGUAAGCAACAUCUACAAACUGGAUGCAAAAAAGAGGAUAAACCUGAGCAAGAUUGAUAAGUUUUUUAAGCAGCUACAGGUGGUCCCAUUGUUUGGAGAUAUGCAGAUAGAGUUGGCAAGGUACAUCAAGACCAGUACUCACUAUGAAGAAAACAAGUCCAGGUGGACUUGUACCUCCUCCAGUUCCAGCCCUCAGUACAACAUCUGUGAACAGAUGAUUCAGAUUCGGGAAGAUCAUAUGCGUUUCAUCUCAGAGCUGGCCCGCUACAGCAACAGUGAGGUUGUAACUGGUUCUGGAAGACAGGAAGCUCAGAAGACUGACGGUGAAUAUCGAAAGCUGUUUGACCUUGCUCUUCAGGGAAUGCAGUUACUAUCCCAAUGGAGUGCUCAUGUCAUGGAAGUGUAUUCUUGGAAGUUGGUGCAUCCCACUGACAAGUAUUCCAACAAAGAUUGUCCAGACAAUGCUGAGGAGUAUGAAAGAGCUACAAGGUACAACUACACCAGUGAGGAGAAAUUUGCCCUUGUUGAGGUUAUUGCCAUGAUAAAAGGGCUUCAGGUUUUGAUGGGCAGGAUGGAAAGUGUAUUCAACCAUGCCAUCCGUCAUACAAUUUAUGCUGCUCUCCAGGAUUUUGCUCAGGUUACACUUCGAGAACCAUUAAGACAAGCUAUUAAGAAGAAGAAAAACGUAAUUCAGAGUGUGCUGCAAGCCAUCAGAAAGACUAUUUGUGAUUGGGAGUCAGGACAUGAACCUUUUAAUGAUCCAGCCCUCCGGGGAGAAAAGGACCCUAAGGGUGGUUUUGAUAUUAAAGUCCCAAGAAGAGCAGUUGGACCUUCCACUACUCAGCUGUAUAUGGUGAGGACAAUGUUGGAGUCACUCAUUGCUGAUAAAAGUGGUUCCAAAAAGACCUUACGAAGUAGUCUUGAGGGGCCAACUAUCUUGGACAUUGAAAAGUUUCAUCGGGAGUCUUUCUUCUACAUGCAUUUGCUAAAUUUCAGUGAAACACUUCAGCAUUGUUGUGAUCUUUCUCAGUUGUGGUUCAGAGAAUUUUUCCUUGAACUAACAAUGGGCAGAAGAAUACAAUUUCCUAUAGAGAUGUCUAUGCCAUGGAUUUUAACUGAUCAUAUUUUGGAGACCAGAGAAGCAUCAAUGAUGGAGUACGUUCUUUAUUCACUGGACCUGUAUAAUGAUAGUGCGCAUUAUGCCCUUACGAAGUUCAAGAAGCAGUUUCUUUAUGAUGAAAUUGAAGCAGAGGUGAACUUGUGUUUUGAUCAGUUUGUUUACAAGUUGGCUGAUCAGAUAUUUUCUUACUACAAAGUCAUGGCAGGAAAUCUUCUUCUAGAUAAACGACUGAGGACAGACUGCAAAAAUCAAGGAGCAAAUAUUUCCUGGCCACAUUCCAACAGAUAUGACACCUUACUGAAGCAGAGACAUGUCCAGCUUCUUGGACGGUCUAUAGACCUUAAUCGUCUGAUUACGCAGAGGAUAUCUGUUGCUAUGUACAAGUCACUGGAGCUAGCAAUAGGUCGGUUUGAAAGUGAAGAUUUGACUUCAAUUAUUGAGCUUGAUGGAUUGCUAGAGAUCAAUAAAAUGACCCAUAGACUACUCUGCCGAUUCCUGACCUUGGACAGUUUUGAUGCCAUGUUCCGUGAAGCUAAUCACAAUGUGUCAGCACCUUAUGGGAGAAUCACGCUUCAUGUUUUCUGGGAACUCAACUAUGACUUCCUGCCAAACUACUGUUACAAUGCAUCUACCAAGAGAUUUGUGCGCACUAUACUACCCUUCUCUCAAGAAUUCCAGAGAGAUAAACCACCAAAUGCACAGCCUCAGUACCUGUUUGGGUCAAAGAGUUUGAAUUUGGCAUACAGCACUGUUUACAACAACUACCGGAAUUUUGUGGGCCCGCCUCACUUCAAGAUUAUAUGUAGACUCCUUGGUUAUCAAGGAAUAGCUGUGGUAAUGGAAGAACUCCUGAAAGUAGUCAAAAGUCUGUUGCAAGGCACGAUUCUGCAGUACGUGAAGACACUAAUGGAAGUGAUGCCAAAGAUAUGCCGUUUGCCCAGACAUGAGUAUGGCUCCCCAGGUAUCUUGGAAUUCUUCCAUCACCAGCUGAAAGACAUAGUUGAGUAUGCAGAGCUGAAAACUGUCUGUUUUCAGAACCUGAGGGAGGUGGGAAAUGCUAUCCUGUUCUGUCUACUGAUUGAGCAGAGUCUGUCCCUGGAGGAAGUCUGUGAUCUUUUGCAUGCUGCACCAUUCCAGAAUAUCUUGCCAAGGGUUCACGUCAAAGAGGGUGAAAGACUUGACGCUAAAAUGAAGCGACUAGAAGGAAAAUAUGCCCCACUUCAUCUUGUUCCAUUAAUUGAGAGACUUGGAACACCUCAGCAAAUUGCAAUUGCAAGAGAAGGAGACCUGCUUACAAAAGAACGACUGUGCUGUGGACUUUCAAUGUUUGAGGUUAUCCUGACCAGAAUUCGAAGCUUCCUAGAUGAUCCUGUCUGGUGUGGCCCCCUUCCCAGCAAUGGUGUGAUGCAUGUUGACGACUGUGUUGAAUUUCAUCGAUUGUGGAGUGCUAUGCAGUUUGUGUAUUGCAUUCCUGUAGGAGCACAUGAAUUCACUGUCGAGCAGUGUUUUGGAGAUGGAUUACACUGGGCUGGCUGCAUGAUUAUUGUACUUCUAGGACAGCAGCGCCGAUUUGACAUUUUGGACUUCUGCUAUCAUCUCCUGAAAGUACAGAAGCAUGAUGGUAAAGAUGAUGUCAUCAAGAAUGUGCCUCUGAAAAAAAUGGUGGACAGAAUUCGCAAGUUCCAGAUCUUGAAUGAUGAGAUCAUUGCAAUUCUGAAUAAGUACCUGAAAUCUGGUGAUAGUGAAAUCACUCCUGUGGAACACGUUCGAUGCUUCCAGCCUCCUAUACAUCAGUCGCUAGCCAGCAGCUAAACAAAACUUGAAACUCCUACUCAGAAAUUUCUUCACUGGAUGUUCUCUCUCCAUGGCUAGCUAUGUAUAUGGUGCCAUGCUAGCCAUGUUACCUUAUUUCCUCUUCAGAUGAAACAGGGUCAGUGAAGAGAGGAAAAACUGCCAUAAAUAACAAUGUCUUAAUGUUUAUCUAUCACAUGGUGCCUUUCAAGAAUUUUUUGCUAAUUUUCCUUUUGCAAAAGUAAUGGUAGCUGUUUUCCUUUUGUGCAGCACCAGUUUUUCUAGGUUAACUUUUAAAUGAUAACUCUUUUCCUCCGUGCAGCAUCAGAGUUUUUUUUAGGUUAACUUUUAAAAGUGCUUUAAUUUAUAGUUUCAAAUAGAAAGGAGAUAUUGUAUUUGCAGUCUUACAACCUUAAAAUUUAAGUGGUAGUAGGCAGUGUUACAUGGGCAGUGAAUGUAUGUAACCAUUGUCAAAUGAUAUGCUGAAGGUUUUUUUUUUUGUUUGGGAGGGUAACUUUUCAGCAAACACUAAGGCAGCUGUCACACAGUUGUGCGAAAGGACCAUUUUGAAUAGAAUAUCUGAGAUUGUGUAAUUUUUAACAUGCAUCUUUAAAAAGUGUUUUUCAAUGUAAAAAGAACUACAGAAUUGUACUCAUUUGUGUUUAAUGAUGGGUCUUCUGUUGGCAUCUAUAAACUGUAUUUUUGUAGUGUUAACAAGUUAUUUGCCUUAAAUGCAUUUUCCUUUGUACUGAUCUUUUAAAUGUAGAAGUCUAAUUUCAAUAAAAUAGUGAAUAUUUA